GUCGCUGCUUUGUGGGGUUCACCGUGGUGUUGCAGGAUGGCUACACCAGAGGGGUCCAAUCAGGGUUCUAGUAGAGGAUCUGAAGAUGGUGUCAGUUCACCUACUGAUAGGAUUGGAAACCAACCUGAAGGGACUGAGGAUGGCUGGAGCACUGAGGACUGGCGUCUGUGGAACUUAGGACUCUGGAACUCAGGAGCUUCUACUUCUCCUGCACCCACGGUGUAUGAUGAUGAAUGGCAAACUGGGAAUGGUGGUCGCACUACCUGGUGGACGAGCUCUACGGCAUCUUCUGACCCUUGGACGAGCUGGAGGGACCCUUGGUCUACUUGGAGGUCUGAAGAUGGCCAUGAAGAGAGGGCUGGUGGGGGCGGCAGUGACAAGAUCGUUGCCCCGGAGUUCAAUGGUGAAGAUGACAGAGAUGGCAUCAAAGCACGAGGCUAUCUUCGCAAAGUCCAAGCAUGGAAGAGGGUGACCCGGCUGAAACCAGCCAAACAGGCUCUGGUGCUCUACAACAGCCUGACUGGCAAGGCUUGGAGGGAUGCUGAGGAGUUGGACGUCUCCACCUUGGACGCUUCGGACGGUGUGGAGGUGUUCAUCUCAUGGAUCAAGGAGCGGUACUUGGACAAAGAGGUGGUCAAGGCAGGCAAGUACAUGAGUGACUUCUUCAAGAACUUUAAGAAGUUGCCGACCCAGGACAUCCGUGACUUCAACAUGGAGUUCGACCGCCACAUCGGCAAGCUACGAGAGGUGGGGUGCAUGCUGCCCGGUGCAUGCAAUGCCUGGUGGUAUGUGGACAAGCUGCGCUUGGACAAUGGGUCUGAGCUGAAUCUCCUGGCCUCCGUGGGCAACACCUACGAGCUGACCAAGUUGCAGGAGGCUGCAGUCGUUCAGGACAGAAUGAAUCGGAGGAUCUGGGAGACGAAACGGCAGGACCCCAAGAAGAACCACGUCUAUGUGACUGAGGUUGAGGACGCUUCGGACGAGCUGGAGGACAUGGAGGACCUCGAGCUCUACGAUGGGUCGGGAAGAGGCACUGCAGCGUGCAAAGCAGGUAGUGCUUGUGGAAAGAAAGGACAUUGGCACAAAGACCCGAUCUGCCCCAAGAACAAGGCCAACGGCUCUUCUGGAACUACGGCCCAUUCGACACACAUCGUCUACUACACGGGUGGCGAGACUGCAGAGCUGGAGGUGGUCGUGGAUUGCGCAUGCAGCCGCACUUUGGCUGGAGUUCCGUGGAUCAAGAACUACAUCCUCUUCGCCAAGAAGUACAAGAUCCCCUACAUGCUGAUGGAGCAGAAGGAGAACUUCAAGUUUGGUGGACCUCGUCUUUAUCCAUCGACGAGGGCAUUGGUGGCAUGGCUGGCUAUUCAAGGACGUUGGUUUCUGGUGAAGAUUGCAGUGGUUUCUACUCAGGUACCACUGCUGUUGAGCCGUCCUGUGCUCUCACAGCUGGGCAUGCACUUUAAGAUGGAUGAGAACAAGGCUGAUUUUUGCGGCCUGGGCUUGAAAGAUGUCAAGCUCGGCUACACACCCUCGGGGCAUCCAUCUGUUGAAGCCUUGAGUUUUCAUGGCCAACCACCUGUGUGGCCGGAUCGUUUGGAUUGGAGUGUGAUCGAAGUACACAUUCCACGACCAGCACCGAUCGCUGAGGAGGCAUACAUGGCGAGUGCAGCAUCACUGGGGCCAGUCAAACUUUUUUAUCCCAAAGUUCAUGGUUAUGUUGAGGAACUUCUCACAAGAACGGUGUUGGAGCAUGAAUCAUUUUUGAACUGGUGGAACACUGAGAAUCUGGCUAGGGAUUUUUGGGUCGAGUCGGAACAUUUUCUGGACCGCAUACAUGUGACACCAAGACGAACUUUCUUUGACCCAACCAAGUGGAACACAUCACAUAGCCCACUUCGUGAAACACUUCUUGAAAGUCUUGGUGAUUUGAGAGAGUCUACGUGCAUACCCUGUUAUGCCAAGUGUCCCACCUUGAAACUUGAACACCAUUGGCAUGAAGAUGGUGGACCACGUGCAGAAUUUCUUUGGAUUGGCCGCAGCCGUUUUCCUCGAAAACCUCGUGAACCUGAAGUGGCAAGCCCAGGCCCUUUGGAUGUCAUCCGUUCCAACUUCGCCAUGGAAGAUGAACAAGGCCGAACUGGUGGAGAAGUUGGAGUCCAUGGGUGUGCCCUUGCGUCCAGACUGGACUGUGCCCGAGUUGCGCACCACGUUGAUGGAGGAGUUGGAGAUCCGCGGGCUGAACAAGAGCAGGCUUCAGGGGCUGACUCACCUCUGUCUGGACGACUUGAAGAAGAAGUGCUCGGCAGAGGGGAUCCCACUGCCGGAGAAGGUCACGCGUGGUGUGAUGAUCAAGCUCCUCCGCGAGAGUGUGCCACCGUCAGCGGAGGAGGUGGUUUGCUUCGGGAGCUACAAGGGCUUUAUGUACAAGGAAGUCAACGAGUCCUAUCUGCGAUGGGCUAUGGACGAGGUGAACAACAAUCCGCAACACAGUGCAGACCUGGCCCGACUGGCCAGGUGGGCUCAAGCUCGGUCGUCAACGAGCACUACCAGCCGCCAUCAGAACCCAGAGGCAGCCCCAGUGGUGCCGAUGCCGUCUGGGGCUCUGCCGAAGGCCAAGCCGAAGACCAAUCCAUCGAACAAGGGGUCACCAGCAAAGACAGCACGGACAUCGAGAACCCGACCCUUGGAGACAAAGGAGGACAGCACCGACUUCUCAGAGGUGGAUUGGCCGGUGGACGAUCAGAUCAAGGAUAUGGAGGCUCGUCUGGAGGUACUUCGGACGAUCAAGGAUCAGGAGGAGAAGGUGAAGGCGAAAGCCAAGGCGGCUCCCGGACGAGACUGAAGAAGAAGGCCUACUGGAAGAAGGUCGAAGAGCUGGUGAGGCUGAGGAGAUCUAUACGCGAGGCUGCACUUCCCUACAUCCCUGACGAUGAGCACACCGUGGACGAGAUCUAUGACCAGGACAACUUGGACGUUGAUGAGUAUGACAUGGACCAGGAGGAGGGGGCACCGAAAGUGAACCUGAAGUACCCACUGGACUAUGAGACAGUCCGCAACUUGCCAUCAAAGCGGAUGAAGAGGGCAUCGAGAAAGAGGGUGACAGGGUGGGCCCGGAGAGCCCUACUUUGUCUGACUACCACUUUGGUGGCACUCGCAGCACCAGUGGCCGCUGAGGUCAAUGAAGCUGUGGUGGAACCGCUCCGAGACAUGGCAAGUAUCUUCGUGAAGCCUCGCGAAGAUGAACCGGUGGCUCUCUUGGAGCUCUUUGCGGGCUCUGCCAAGCUGACCACGGAGUUUGCUGCACAGGGGUACAAUGUCUUGGAGCCAUGA